AUGUCCGUUCGCUGGAUCCAGUUCGAUACGCACAGACGAUGGAAAGACCUUCAAAAAAAUCAAUCCCGGCUAUGCGGCUUAGAUUGGGCGAGGAAACAUGAGGACGAGGCGGUAGGUGAGGCUACCCAAAGCACCAUCCAACGGUUCAUCUUCUCUCAGCAGAAUGGCGUAUACACUGCAGCUCUGUGUCUUUCAGGGCUGCUUGCGUGGCAGAUGGCUCUACCAUCCGGCCUCUGGGACCUUGGGUGCAUGAUCCACACUAUUCCCAGUGGUCAUCAGCGUCGUAAAGCCAGAUUACUAAGUGCUUGGCCAAAAUGA